AUGAGUGACGACGUUCGCAGAAAAUUGCUACUAAAAUAUUUGGGUAAUAUUGAUGAUCUAAAUGACGAUAAUCAAGAUGAGAACGACACACCUAACAAUAUUAGUCCGUUGAAAUCAUUUACUAAGUUAAAUGCAACCGAUGAGAAUUUUGCAUUAGAAGAUAAAUCUUUGCCUAACUUCUUUCCAGAAGAUCUGCCUUCUUGGAAAGAAUAUUUUGAUUUUAAUAACAUCUUCGUAAAUAAAAAAAGAAAUAUAAAGAUCAAUUUUUACUAUAAACUACCUUUAAAAAUGGAUAGUCUUUCAAUACCAAUUUUUAUCUUGCAUCAUGGGGCAGGAUCUUCAGCAUUAACUUUUGCAACUUUGGCUAGAGAUAUUUUUAUAAAGUUAGAGGGUAGGUGUGCAAUUAUGGCAUUCGAUGCUAGGGGACAUGGUAAAACUGAACCUCUGGCUCCAAAAACACAACUAGAAUACAAUUUGAAUGAUUUCACUGACGAUUUCACAUCACUGAUAGAGGCCUUCAACAGAAAUUAUUUACAAGACAUCACAGAAGAAAAAAAGUCAUUUAUACUAGUAGGUCACUCCUUAGGAGGUUCUAUAUGCACAUUUGCAUAUUCAAAACUAAUUCCAAAUAUACAGAAACAGAUCGUCGGUAUUACUAUGCUAGAUAUAGUUGAAGAAGCAGCCAUUUUUGCCCUUGAUAAUGUUCAAGAUUUCUUGCAUAGGACACCUAGCAUGUUUAAUAGUUUUGAUGAAGCUAUUAGAUGGAGUGUUAAAAAUAAUAUGCCACAAUCGAAGGAAAGUGCAGAAAUAUCAGUUCCAGCAUUAUUUAGGAUGACGAAAAAUGGGAAAGUAGCUAGAUUAUCUAAUUUACAAGAUUUUAAAAAGUUCUGGAAUACUUGGUUUGUAAAUUUAUCUCAUGAAUUUGUCUCUCUUCCUACUUGUAAAUUGUUAAUUUUGGCAGGAAAUGAUAACCUAGAUAAACAACUGAUUGUUGGACAGAUGCAAGGUAAAUACCAACUAGUUGUAUUCCAAGAUUCGGGCCAUUUUAUUCAAGAAGAUGCAUCAGUGAAAACUGCAAUAACCUUAAUUGAAUUUUGGAAAAGGAAUGACAAUAAAACAGUAGUAAUCAAAUCGAAUUGGGGAGUUAAAUCUUAG